GCCCUGUCCUUCCUGUGGCGCCGCUACACCUGAUAUUACGGGCGCCCGUCGCCUCUUUACCCCCCCCUCCGCCGAGCGGGGCCCUCACCUCUGCCCGUCACUCAGCAGAGGGGCCGCCCCCGGCGGAGGCUCCGCACAGAGAUGGCGGCCGAGAUCCACGCCAGGCCGCAGAGCAGCCGGCCCGUCCUGCUCAGCAAGGUCGAGGGGCACCAGGACGCGGUGAGCGCCGCCCUCCUCAUCCCCAAGGAGGACGGGCUCAUCACCGCCAGCGAGGACAGAACAAUUCGAGUAUGGUUGAAAAGGGACAGUGGCCAGUACUGGCCCAGCAUUUACCACACAAUGUCAUCUCCUUGUUCAGCUAUGGCUUAUCAUCAUGACAGCAGAAGAAUAUUUGUAGGCCAGGAUAAUGGUGCCAUUAUGGAAUUCCAUAUCUCAGAAGACUUUAAUAAGAUGAACUUUGUCAAGACGUACCCAGCUCAUCAAAAUCGGGUGUCGGCUGUCAUUUUCUGCCUGGGAGCAGAGUGGGUUAUCAGUACUGGCCAUGACAAGUGUGUCAGCUGGAUGUGCACCAGGAGUGGGAGUAUGCUGGGAAGACAUUACUUCACCUCUUGGGCUUCAUGUUUACAAUAUGACAUUGAAACCCAGCAUGCCUUCGUUGGGGACUACUCUGGACAGAUCACGCUGCUGAAGCUUGAACAGAACAAAUGCACGGUUAUCACAACACUCAAAGGGCAUGAAGGUAAACUAACUUCCCCUUCACUUCCCUGGCUAAUUCAGUCUCUGGCUCCUCAGUGGUUAGAAAGUGAUUCUUGUCAGAAAUGUGAACAGCCUUUCUUCUGGAAUAUAAAGCAGAUGUGGGACACAAAGACACUAGGGUUGAGACAGCAUCACUGCAGGAAAUGUGGCCAAGCAGUGUGUGGCAAGUGCAGCACUAAGCGGUCCAGCUACCCAAUCAUGGGCUUUGAGUUCCAGGUCCGUGUCUGUGACUCUUGCUUUGAGUCAAUCAAAGAUGAAGAUCGUACUUCCCUGGCAACUUUUCAUGAAGGAAAACACAACAUUUCCCAUAUGUCUAUGGACAUUUCUAGGGGACUAAUGGUGACCUGUGGGAGUGAUCGGAUUGUGAAGAUAUGGGAUAUGACGCCAGUAGUUGGUUGCAGCCUUGCAACCGGCUUCUCUUCACGCUGACCUAGGACCUGACAGGUUCAUGCACCUUAUGUACAGCAACAUGCACCGAAUGAAUGAAAUCCCUCCUAGGAAUAUCGUCACAAAAGCACUGAUUGCUGGAUCCUUUUUCUCUUGCUCUUCCAGGAUGGACAGUUGCCUUAAUAGAGCAAAGCUCUUCUAUAGGCUUCAAUGGGAAUCACCUUGAUGCAGAAAUGCAAUUUCCCAGCCUGUUGAUGUAACAUAAAAUGGCUUACCUGCAACAUGACACUGCGAUAAAAGGAUCUGUCAUAACUUGGUUUACAUGUAGUGUUAACAAUGUGCUUUCUCUGCUGAAAUAUCUUGUAUAGUAGCUAAAGGAUUAUCAGAGUAAAAUGAGUUUAGUUUUUUCGAAUUUGUGCAAAUAGUAAAUACUUACUGUCCCUUCCAGUAAGCAGUCCCCCAUUGAACUCUUUGCCUGGGUGCAGCUGUUUAGGCUGCCUCCAAAAGGAGUAUUGGUUAUAACUUUGGAAGAAGGAAAGACUUAUUUUUUUAAGCAAUGUUUGAAUUAAGGGGCAGGUGUUCCCUCUCUCUUGAAGUGGCAGUAAGAGUAAAUGCUUGACAUAAGAGAUCCUGAUCUACUGGCUUUCUUGGAGUGUCGUCUGCAAGUUCAGUUAUUGGUAAAACUACUUUAAAAUGAUCUGUUCUGUUCAAAUAGCUUCCGAGUGUCUGUAAAUAAUCCCAGGCUUUUAGACAUGCUGAAGCUAUAUUUAUUCCCUCUUCUUGGCUAACAUAUAACUAGUGAACUUUUGUAGCUGUUAUUUAGUAGAUAAGCUGCUCAUUCUCAAUAGUGAAGGCAGCACACGAUAUGUCACAAAUCACACAUGCUCAUACAGUAUGUUUACAGUGCUGUUAAAAUGGGGGGCUAUGCAAGCCUGUUGUCUUAGCUAUAAUCGCUAAAAUAAAAAGCCCCUCCUACAUAACUUUAAUGAACUAAAUUUUUAUGUGGAAAAGCUUAGUUCCCCAUUUAUCAUGAGGAAACUAUAUAUAGCUAUAGCAUUAACUUAAUUACCACCUUGUCUUUGUUUUGAAGAAAAAUUAAUAUUAAACAUUUCUAAAAUUCUCUUCUGAAGCAAUAACUAUGAAGUUACAGAAUAUUUCUUGGGAAUAGUCUGCCUGAGUGCAGAUGAGGGCUGUUAAUCUUAAAUGCUAUGUGCAGUGGUGGUCCUUGCCGUUAUAAGCUGAGUGAGGAGGUCUGACGUUUUCGUUGAUUGCACGAUUCCAGCUGGCAUUUACAGUGAACUUUUAGGGAAAUAUUGCCAUGUACGUUGGUCUGUCAAGUGCAUGAAUUACCUACGUUCCAUAAAUAUUAGGAUAUAUGUAAUGCCAUAAGGUUGUCAUACAAGAGCUUAUCAAACAGUUUGAAAAUGAAAUUCAUUUAACUUUAUCGUGAUGUGCCAUGGAGUCGCAAAGGAGAUGGGAGUUCAUUGGAUUUUCAUAAAAACUGAUGUUAUAGUGUAUUAUGUAGUGAGGGAAGAAGUAUGUGCAGGUCAGCUCUUUUUGCUGCCAUUGGAGGUGAUAUGUUCAUUCUUGCAGAAAAAUUGAGGUAUUGGAAAGAACUGCAAUGUUAGCCUUGCAGCAACAACCAAGUGGUGCUGUUGACACUACUGAAUUAAAAUCAUUGUCAUAUACUUUUGAUAUGCAUUUAUAGCCCGUUAUAGCUAGUGUAUGCUAAUAUCAUGGGAUAGUAAUGCGUCAUGAUCUUAUUCAGUUUGCAUUUAAAAAACAAUAAGAUGGUAGAUUUCCAUGCCACUAAAUACCAUCUCUGGUAUAUUCUGGAUUCACAUAUUUUGGAACUGGCUUUAUGACUAACCACUUUAUGGGCCCUCUCCAGAAAUAUUUUGCUAAAGGAUAUUUUUUUUAGCUUACUAAUUCUUCACACUUCUCAUAGCGUCCCUCAGAAACUCGCGUCAUGCUAGUGUUUGAUUGUAUUAUCCUCUCAAAUUUGAAAUCUGAAUGAGUAAAUGCUAAUUCAGAGCUUUUGGCAAGUCUGUAUUAGAAAAAGAAAUACAUUUGUUCAAUGAUCUGAAACUCUAUUGAAAAGAAUAUGUUGAAUGUUUUACAUUUGAAGAGUUACAUUGAUUAGUUCGGUUCCUUGCUACACGAUGGAAGGUUUUAGCGUGAAAACAGAAGUCUUUCCAAAACUAUCGUAUGAAAUAUCAUUUGUGCCAGAAAGGACCUGAAGUUAGGUAAUGAGCUCAUGUAAAUCAGGAACGAAACUGACAUUUAGGAGAGAGGAAUGAAAACACUGGAAGAGAAAAUAAGAAUCAUCCCCCC